AUAGUAUUUGCCGUUCCGAGUUGCCCCCACUAAGCUCAAAGAGGGGGAGAACGGGGCCCCCAGCAGAGCCAGUGGCUCUGUGAAGCACCUUGUAAGUAACUUAAGCAUUACAUUUUUGCAAAGGAUUCAAUUCUUCUCUUUACACUAUGAUUGUACACUGGAAUAAUACUGGGGUCUCCAUUGUCCAACUUGUUGGCGGUGUGUUGCAUUAUUCCACCGUGUAUUCACGAUCAUGUGACGAUCAUGUGAAUUCAUCACGUGAUCACAUGACUAGGACAACAUGGCGGAUGGAUUGAAAUUUUUGGUUUUGUCUUUUCUUGCUGGGUUUGUCUUUAGCGUGGAUGUUCCUCCAAAAUGGGGUAGCUUCUAUACUGUUUAUGGUACCCUGAGGUUACCUUACGCAGAACUUGCCGAGCCGUUUGCUGCAUAUUAUGAUAGUGCUGCAAAGAAAAGCAGAAUAGAUUAUUAUGGCACUACUGUGAAGACAUUCCAGCGGGCAGAUCUUGGUUCAUUUGGUGUAAACAAUAAGGUGGCUUUUAUGUCAACAGACACUGUCUUUAACAAGAGGACGUGUUUCCAGUCCAAUGGUACUAAGGAUGCACCUGUCACCAUUCAAGGUGUACUUCCAAACCUCACUGACUUCAAGUUGAUCAAGAAAGGUGAUGAAGUGAGAUUCAAUGACAUGUCAGAUAUGUGGCAGAGUAUCAAUAAGGUUGGAACCAAGAAGAACACUUACACCAUGUGGGUGAAGAGUGACACCCAAGAACCUAUUCGGUAUGAGAUGAUGGGCUAUGAUACCCUCCUGGGGUCGCAUUAUGACAAGUACUACCUUGACUACCAGAACUUUGACAACACGAACAGACCAAAGCCAGAGAUUUUUGCAAUCCAGGAAAAUCUGACAUGUGGAGGGUUCCCAGGGCCAGGUGUAGAACAUAGAGUACUGAGCAACCCAAUGCAGGAGUACAUACAUAGAGAUGACAGCCAUACUCAAACAGAGUUUGCACACUUCAAGAAAUACCACAACAGGCAAUAUGUUGAUAAAGAACACCAGGAGAGGGAGAAUGCUUUUAGGCAAAAUUUCAGAUAUGUUCACUCCAAGAACAGAGCGGGCUUGACAUACAGACUGAAAGUGAACCACCUAGCUGACAGGUUUGAUCAUGAGCUGAAGUACACAAGGGGAUAUAGACAUACACCUGGCUACCAUGGGGGCCUGGCAUUCAACAAGGACCAGUAUAAUCUUAGAGACCUUCCUGAAAGUGUUGACUGGAGGCUAUAUGGUGCUGUUACCCCAGUAAAAGACCAGGCUGUGUGUGGAUCAUGCUGGAGCUUUGGCACAACAGGCACAUUGGAGGGUCAAUGGUUCCUCAAGACUGGUAACUUGGUGAGAUUGUCACAACAGCAAUUGAUGGAUUGCUCCUGGGGUGAGGGUAACAAUGCAUGUGAUGGUGGUGAGGACUUCAGGGCUUACUCAUACAUGAUGAAAAAUGGAGGUCUAGCAACAGAGGAUGAUUAUGGACCUUACAUGGGACAGGAUGGAAUGUGUCGGUCCCGCAAUGUAACUUCAACUGUCAAGGUAACAAACUAUGUGAAUGUUACUAGUGGUGAUGAAGCUGCUCUGAAGAUGGCUAUAGCCAAGCAUGGUCCAAUCUCAGUUGCCAUCGAUGCCUCCCACAAGUCACUCUCCUUCUAUGCCAAUGGGGUCUAUUAUGAGCCUGAAUGUGGGAACAAGCCAGAUGACUUAGACCAUGCUGUCCUGGCUGUAGGAUAUGGCACAAUGAAUGGCCAGGCAUACUGGUUGGUGAAAAACUCCUGGUCGACAUACUGGGGAAACGAUGGCUAUGUACUCAUGUCUCAGAAAGAUAAUAACUGUGGAGUGGCCACAGAUGCUACAUUCCCAUUGGUCUAA